ACACGGUCGUCGAGCGCCACGCCGUACGGACGUUCGCUCUCGGUAACGCCAUACCCUUUCCCGUGCCGCGGAACGAACGGUAAACAUUCGGCGCACGUGUGUACAACGCUUUCGUGCGCCACCCUCGGAGGAUUCGGCGACGCACGUCUUUUCGCCGGCGCGCGUGUGUACACGUGACACGACGCGAUAAUUGUAUUUAAACACUUGGUUUGCGGCCGGUGUGCUUUCAGUUCCGGCAACAGGUGCACCACGUCAGCGCAUACCUGGAGCGAAGCAGCAGCAGGAGCAGUGCGUGGAUCUUGGGAUCGUGGAUGUGUAAGAUCGUACCAUACGUUCAAGGAGUUUCGGUGGCAGCAUCGGUGUACAGCUUGAUCGCCGUGUCAGUGGACAGGUUCCUGGCCAUCUGGUACCCGCUCAAGUGCCAGAUAACGACGCGCCGGGCCCGGUACAUAAUCGGCGUGAUCUGGCUGGUGUCAACCACCAUCACGAUACCGUGGGCGCUGUUCUUCGACAUGGUGGCGAUAUUCAAGGAUGCGCCCGGGCUGGAGCUGUGCCUGGAAGUGUGGCCAGACUAUCUGGACGGUAACCUGUACUUCUUGCUGGGCAACCUGGGGCUGUGCUACGUGGUGCCGAUGGUGGCCAUCUCGGUGUGCUACGCGAUGAUCUGGAUCAAAGUGUGGCGGCGAACGAUACCGACAGACAACAAGGACGCGCAGAUGGAACGGAUCCAGCAGAAGAGCAAAGUGAAGGUGGUCAAGAUGCUGGUAAUGGUGGUCAUAUUGUUCGUGGUCUCGUGGCUACCGCUGUACGCGAUAUUCGCGCGCAUCAAGCUGGGCGGCCGGCUCAUGUCGUGGGAGGAGGACUUCUUGCCGGUGGCCACGCCGAUUGCGCAGUGGCUGGGCGCAUCCAACAGCUGCAUCAACCCGGUGCUAUACGCGUUCUUCAACAAGAAGUUCCGGCGCGGGUUCACCGCGGUGCUGCAGAGCCGCCGAUGCUGCGGCACGUUGCGGUACAACGAGAACGUCACGUCGGCCAACUCGUGGUCGACCGGCGGCGGUGGCAAGGCUGCGUCGUAUUACAUUACCAACCAUCACGCGUACACCAAGCGCCAGGCCAGCCAGGAGACCAACGUGUCAUACAUAUUCAACGUCUGAACCAGGGCCAGUCGUUACCGGACUCAAUCGAAUACACUACGUGUGCGCGCGUACGGUUCACCACCAACAAAACCACCACCGCAAAUCAUCAUGCACCGCAACGCACGCGUGUUUCGUCGAAAAGUUAAAAAAAAACUAUCGUCGCAACGAACGACGUUAUUUCGCGCAUAUAACGAUACAAUACAAUUAAUUAAUUUUAAAACAAUAAUCAUAAUGCUAAUAAAAAAAAUAA